AUGACCAUCCCUACACGAGAAUUCGGAAAGACGGGCGAGAAGGUUGGCUGCAUCGGCUAUGGCGCCAUGGGUCUCGCUGCCUUCUACGGCGAGCCCGUGCCCCAAUCCACCGUCGACACCAUCUUCGACCGCUGCCUUGCUGACGGCGUCAACUUCUGGGAUACUGCCGACAUCUACUCUCCCAUCAAGUCCGGCAAGCUGGGCUACAAUGAACAACAGAUCGGAGCGUAUUUCAAGUCGCACCCGGAUGCACGUAAGAAGGUGUUCCUCGCGACCAAGUUCACCUUCCGUAUCAACGAGAAGGGCGAGAGGAGUGUUGAUGGUUCACGCGAGUGGUGCCACCAGGCAUGCAGCGAUUCGUUGCGCCGACUGGGUGUUGACCACAUCGAUCUGUACUACGCCCAUCGCCCCGCUCCCAACGUCGACGUUACCGAGACCGUCAAGGCGAUGAAGGAGCUCAAGGACCAGGGCAAGAUCCGCUACAUCGGUGUCUCGGAGUACAACCUCGAACAGCUAGAGGCGGCGAACAACGUGGUGCCUAUCGAUGCGAUUCAGAUCGAGAUCUCGCCCUGGACCCCCGAAGUGCUCACCAACGGCAUCCUCGACUUUGCCACCAAGCACGGCAUCGCGCUCGUCGCCUACUCGCCCCUCGGCCGCGGCUUCCUCACGGGUUCCUACAAGUCGGUCGAAGAUUUCGAGGAGGGCGACUUCCGCCGCGUCAACCCGCGCUUCCAGGGCGAAAACUUCCAGAAGAACCUCGAACUCGUCGCUGACAUUCAAAAGAUUGCCGACAAGAAGGGCGCUACCCCCGGUCAGAUCGCCCUCGCCUGGGUCCUCCAGAAAUCGCCCAUCAUCAUCCCCAUCCCAGGUACCAAGAAGGAAAAGUACCUCAUCGAGAACAACAAGGCCGCCCACGUCCAGCUCUCGCCAGACGAGCUCGCCGAGAUCGACCGCGUCAUCAACAGCUUCAAGGUCUCUGGCUCGAGGUACGAUCCUGACAUGAUGAGGAUCGUCGCUUUCUAG